GUGCCUUUGCAUCAUUACAAGGGACCGAAAGUCAGAAUCUACUACACACUGAAACAUACCACAAAAGUACCGCGCAAAGCACUCACAAUAUGCGCCCAACUUUACUGCGCUUGGCAGAGUCCGUCAGUGUUAAACCGUUGAAUAUCGGCGAAACAAGCUCGACUCUUCUGCCUCCACUACCUCUGUAUCGCCGCUUACUUAGAGCACACCGAAGGCUCCCUAUCGAGAUGCGGUCCUUGGGAGAUGACUAUGUGAGGGCAGAAUUCCGAAGGCAUAGAGCCGUCACGAAUCCUGUCCACGUCAUGGGCUUCCUCUCGCAGUGGAAGAUGUAUCUGGACGAACUGCCUCGGGAUCCAAGCGUGAAGAAUUUUAAAAAACUGGAUGCUACAGUAUUCGAGAAGAUGUCCCCUGAACAGCUCGGCCAAUUAUACGAGCUGAUGCACGCUACAAAGGACGUAUGGAAGCCUGCUCAGGAGGAAACCGGAUCAUAAUCUUACAUGGUCUAGCUAUCUUUGUUUUAGGACUGUAAGCCGGAAACUUGAUGUAUUGUCGUCUUUGUUGUGCCAAAUAGCAUACUCCACUUUAUAUCAGCAGUAUUCCUAUUUGUUCCGGAACAACCGGCAUGCCUGAGAACUCGAUUCAUUAUUUCUCAUGAUCG